AUGGGACGUCCUUCAAUAGCCGAAGAAAUCUACGAUAAUGAGUCUAAAAUCAACUUCGGCGUACCAGGCAGCGUCCGAAGCUUGGAUGAUGUAACACACAACCCAGCACUCGAGAGCUCAAUUCAACUAUUUGAGAGUGACCCUUCAACCAAAGAACAACAAAGACGAAUCGAAGUGCGAGAGUGGCUGGUUUUCAUCUGCAUUGUGAUCCUCGCAAUGAUGGAUUCGUUCAAUGCGACUGUUUUGAUUCCAGCUUUACCUCUGACCAGAUACUCAAUCCAGGACCUGGCAAACACCUUCGCGGAGCCACUAGCAAGCACAUUCUGGGUGAACACGGUAUACCUCCUCUUUGGCGCAAGCAGCCAACUCUACUUCGCAAUGAUGAGCGAAGUCUUCAACCACGGACCCGUAUGGAUCAUCGCCGUAGUCCUCGCAACAAUCGGCACAGGAAUCUGCAGCGGUUCAAUGAGUCUUGCAGAACUGAUAGUCGGCCGCAUAAUUCAGGGCAUUGGCGGCGGCGGCGCAAUGAGUCUAUGUUAUGUGAUGAUGACCGGGACGGCAUCGAAAGCCAUGCACUCACGGUAUUCAUGCUACAUCCUGCUGACACGCAUGUGUGGCGGCAUCCUAGGCCCCGUUAUCGGAGGCUUGUUUCUCGAUAAUGCUGACUGGAGGUGGGCUUUUCAUUUCAACUUCCUUUUCUGUGCGCUUGGUUUGCUGGCUAUUCCAUUUGCUGUGGAUCUUCGCGCGUUGAAAUAUAUCCCGAUGCACAAACUGCGCACGUUGGAUUGGACGGGUGCCACUAUGGCCUUUUUGGGUCUUGCGAUUAUCCUGGUCGGUCUUUCUUGUGGUGGGAGCUCUUAUCACUGGGGGGACUGGCAGACAAUGAUUCCAAUUGCGUUGGUUUGGGAGGAGAUCAUUUCGGUCGAGGAUGAUGGCUAUGACUCAUCUGGGGUGCUUUCUGCAUGGGUUUGUGGUCAGUAG